AUGGGCGACUUACCAGUACCGCGCAUAACAGCCAGUAGAGCUUUCCUAAACGUCGGCAUUGAUUAUGCAGGCCCCUUCAAUAUCUCCAUGAGUCGUCACCGAGGCGCUCGAACCUACAAGGCUUAUAUAUGCUUGUUCAUCUGUUUAGCCACUAAGGCGAUACAUCUCGAAUUAGCUUCAGAUUUAACAAGCGAUACAUUUUUAGAUUGCUUGAAACGAUUCCUAGCCCGGCGUGGUCCUAUUAAAUGUAUUUACUCCGAUUGUGGAACCAAUUUUAUAGGAGCCAAAAAUACUCUUGAUUCCUUAUUCCUUCUCCUAAAUUCCGAAGAGUAUAAAAAGCGUUUCAAUGAAUUAUUGGUUUUACAUGACAUUGAAUGGAAAUUUAAUCCACCGUUUGCCCCACAUUUUGGAGGUAUAUGGGAGGCGAAUAUUAAAUCAGUGAAGACCCAUUUGUUUAAAGUUAUAGGGUUGCAAAUUUUAUCCUACGAAGAGUUUAAUACAGUCCUCAAUCAAAUCGAAGCCUUACUGAAUUCAAGACCGUUAUGUUGGCUGAGCAAUGAUCCGUCGGACCCUCAGCCUCUUACGCCUGCGCACUUUUUAAUGCAAGAGCCUCUGUCGGAUUUGCCCGUUGACUAUGAAAACUUGAAUUUGACUAAAAGAAAACAAUUGCUAGAUCAUAUUGUCGCUUCUUACUGGAAGCGAUAG